ACUUCUAUCAAUGUAACCACGGGUCACCAGUUCCAAGAACAUGCAAUUGGCCUUUGCAUUUUCAACCACUCACCGGGAAUUGUGAUUGGCCAAGAAAUGUAAAUUGCCAAUCAACCGAAACUCCUGACACAACUAAACCACCACAAAGAUCAACUGUUACCACCCAGAUAACUACUACAACCAAACCGACAACAACAGAUACAGACGUAGCAUUUAAAUGCCCGACCCAGUUUGGUCACUACGCACACCCUACACUCUGUUCCCACUUCUAUCAAUGUAACCACGGGUCACCAGUUCCAAGAACAUGCAAUUGGCCUUUGCAUUUUCAACCACUCACCGGGAAUUGUGAUUGGCCAAG